UGUCACGUCGGUGAUCAGGUUUGGUACUAGUGCAUCGGCGGCGUCCGGUCAUAUCCCGUUUCGCCCUGCCCCUGGCAUGCCGUACCAUGUCUAGUGCGUCGCUACAGGACCCAUCCGUCUUUUUCGCUCCUGUCCGCUUUUCGAGUUUAUGUGCACCGCCUGAAGUUCCGCGCGCUUCCGGAGGCACCUCGCCCUUCUCGCGUUGUUCGGUUCAUGAGUUUCGUGCCAGGAAAUGACCGCAAAGUUUACACGAUGGAUAGCAUUUAUGACGAUUUGGAUAACUCAUGACGUCGUAAAAGGUCAAACGAUUACAGGACAUUUUUCUCCUCAUGCCACGCAUCACAGAAUCAUAAUCGUUGUGCCAACCCAAAUCAGACAUGUGAAUCAUAUACACCACUACCCACUGAAAGGCCAUAAAAGCACGUACUCUCCUCACUAUAUCUACUACCGGAUACCUAUCGGUCCGAUAAGGCCAUACGUGAAAUGCACAGCUACGGGCGAUCCACGACAUCCAGGCCCAGGGAAACCGAGCUACAGCGACUCACCCACACCACCCCCGAAGGGGAACCAAGGGAACGGGUACAACGACAACAAGAACGUCGACUACAAUCAGGAUCGACCAGAGGGUGACGGACCUCCCCCUCCCCCCGGCUCCGUCGAGGAUCGACCCUACUACGAUGACGCGUAUUCGGACCCUGGCCCAGGGCCUGGACCUGCACCCGGGCUUGGACCCCCACCAGGUCCAGGACCUGCUCCUCAGCUUGGACCCCCACCAGGUCCAGGACCUAGCGGUCCGCCAAUCUACGAUGGCCCGACGUACAGACCGACUGAUCUACCGCUGCCUCCGUACAGGAAGGAAUUCAGUAGAUUCUCUCUGAACGGCCAUGGAGGACCUGGAAGUGGCUCUUUCCCAGCCACCGGGAUCGGUCACACCGUCCGCGCGGAAAAGUACUUCCACGACUUCAACAAAUUCGAUAGUCGACCCAACAAGUUCGCUUCACCUGCCCCUCCAUCUUUCGACGACGAUUUUCCGACCGACACCCCCGUCGACUUCGAUGACUUCAAGGACUUCGAUCCACCCCCUAAAAAGCCGCGCCGCAAGCCCAAACCGACCAUCACGAAAGACGGGAAACUCCCGAGCGAUUUUCCCUACAAAUUCAACCAUGAAAAACCUCUCUCUCGGUUCCCGUCGAAGAACAGCUUCAGGCCUCCUACGAGCGUUGACUUCCCUCAGGAAUCCUCGUAUCCUUUCGGUAAAGGAGACAGUCAUCCCACAGGUCCAAACCUCCCUUUCGAAGGUAAGAACGCGGGAAAUUCUGAUACCUACGAGCCUCCCAAACAGAAAGGGACUGUGAAACCGAUUACGUAUGAAGUCCCGACGAAUGUCUAUUCUAGUCCAGUCUAUGAGGACAAAGUCGAGGAAGAGAAUGGGGCCAAAGAAGACAAUUACGACUACAUCAACACGGACGUGGGCCCGAACGAGUUCAACGACAACUACCAAUACGUCCAUCAGUCGGAGGAACUGAAAGCUCAACUAGGGUUGACAAGUGACGAAUCCGAUAACUUCCCGUCUGCUGAGUUUCCACCUGACCCACCCAAACCUCACGACACCACAGUUCCACCCCGAGGUAAUGGUGACUCACCCAAUUUCCACCCAAGUCAGCCGGACCCCACUCCGCAACUACCGGAGCCAGACUUCCAGUUCUUUAAAGCGAGCCCUCCGCCUCCGCCGAAGAAGAAGGUGAAAUACGUUUCCUACGUCAACGGUCCCUUCUCGAAGCCGUCCCCGCCGCCGGAUCAGCGGGACCAAAACGAAGUCAAAAUCGAGAAGCAGAAUUUGAUUCCGCUGAAACCGAUGAUCCUCACGCACGAGGAGUUUUUCAGGUCCCCGCACAAGUCGUACGACAAGGUCAUAGGUCACGGAAGGGCUCUCUACUCGGCGAACACCGACUACAAGUUCGACACGCAGAUCAAUCAAAAGUACGAGAUACCGUUCGAACCUCACAGGCUUCAGAGUAAAAUGGUGACCAAGGAGAUGCCUCCCGAGGAUAUUAGUAGGAAUGCGUCUGAUCACCAAUCGGAUUCCGUCAAUUUGAAAGAUAGGAUCCACCAAAUUCAUGGCUAUGUCCCGAAAGAGUGAAACGCUGCCACCUAGCUACUCUGCCGUGCUAAGGAAGAACGCCUUAUGAGCCUUCAGACG